AUGCGGGGAUCAGCUGUGUCUCCGGCACAGUGGGAGGAGCACGUGGAUCCGAGUUCUGGCAAGAAGUUUUUCUUCAACCCGGCCACCCAAGAGACGAGCUGGACAAGGCCAAAUUCCCGUGCAGGCUACCCGCCUGAUCCCGCGAGGAAAUCUGACGGCUGGACGGAGCACAGAGACCCAGCUAGCGGAAAGAUGUUUUAUUUCAACACUGACACCAAACAGACAAGUUGGCAGAAGCCCGGUGCAGCGUCAAGCUCGGAUCCUUGGACGGAGCACGUCGAUCCUGAUUCCGGCCGCAAAUUCUAUUACAACAGCACGACGAAGGAGUCAGCGUGGAUGAAACCAGUCAGUUUGGCUGAUCGGAGCGUCGGAUACCAAAAAGGCCCUCAUGUGGCCAAGAGCAAGCCGCUGGCCCCUCCUGCUGCCCCAGCCCCAGUGCCACCUCCUCCAACUUCGCCGACAAGGCCGUCCAUACCGGCACCGCCAGCACAAAGGGUAGCCCCCGGCCCCAGCCCUGUGGCUCCGCCUCAGUGGGAGGAGCACGUCGACAGCUCUGGCCGGCGGUUCUUUUACAACCCCGUUACCCAGGAGAGCUGCUGGAGCAAGCCCGGCUCAGCCUCUUCAACUGUGCCCCGCCUGCCGGCUUCUCCCGUUCCUCCUCCGAAGAGGUCUGAUGGUUGGACAGAGCACAGAGACCCAGCGAGUGGCAAGCUUUUCUAUUUCAACACGGAGACGAAGGAGACAAGCUGGCAGAAGCCAGGGGAUGCACAGGAGUGGACCGAGCAUGUAGAUGAAUCUGGUCGGACUUUCUAUUACAAUUCCCAAACCAAGGAGUCGUCCUGGUCAAAGCCCGUUGCCAAAGAUGACUGGGAAGAGCAUGCGGAUCAAGCCACAGGACGGAAGUUCUUCCACAACCGGCAGACUGGGCAGAGUUCCUGGGAGAGACCCAUACCUGAUCACAGCGACGCUGGGGAGGGCUUGCAGCUCCUGUGCUUCGAUUUCGACUGCACGAUUGCUGCCAUCCACGUUUUCGAGGAGCUUUGCCGACGAGGGGGCUUCGAUGGCCCUUCGCAGAAGGCAAAGCUGGAGGUCCAAUGCCGAGAAGAGCCGGAGUUCCCCUCGAGGAUCUACGGCGGGCCUGGAAGGUUGCAGGAGUUGAGGAGCUUCUUCCAGCAGACCCCGAGGCGAAAGGUCAUCGUGAUCACCACGGGCUUUGGGAACGUGGUCGAUGCAGCUCUAGCCAAGGGUGGACUGCGGAAGUUCUUCGCAGAGGUCAUCGGCAGGGAGCAUCCGCUGUCGGAGGCGAAGCAGGGCAGAAAGGACCGCAUCAUAGAAGAACUCCGGCGCAGGGACGGUCUCUCUGCAUGGCAGGUUCUUUUCGUUGAUGAUGAUCCCGGCAACGUCCUUCCUGCAGCUGAGCAGCGCCUUUGCCGCACGGUUUGGGUUCCGAGACCUGUGGGUGGUAUGGACAGCAUGAUGCUAAGGCUCAUCCGGGAAGCAGCGGAGGACGACACUGGAAAGCGUAGCCGUGGCAUGUUCCGCGAGGACCUCUCUCUCGCCGCUGGAGCGCCUUCGGCUGCAGCCUCCGCACGGAGCCUGCGCCAGGCCGUUGAGGGAGUGCCCGAGGACGAAGAGGUCGAGGAAUCGGUGCCGCCCAUGGCUUGGAAGCCCAAGGUCUCCGUUUCACUGGAGCAGUCUGCUGGGCGCCAGCUCACAGAAGACAUCGACGCCAUCAUCUCCGAUGUGGUGAACCAAGCGAUCGUGAAGAAAGCGAUACAAGGAGCAGUCUCGUCAUGCAAAUUCUGCGUGACCAUUGCAGAUCCGCGUGGCAAAGAUUUCCCCCUCAUUGCCGUCUCGGAAGCCUUCGAAAACAUGACUGGCUUCAAGAGGAGUGAGAUACUUGGGGCCAAUUGCCGCUUCCUGAAUCAGGGGUGCCCCAUCUCGCCGUCGGAUCUGGUUGGUCUCAGACUCGCCAGUGAACGUGGGUGUGCCUUCACGGCGCUUCUCCCGAAUCGGAAGAAGUCGGGCGAGAUGUUCAUAAAUCUUCUGGACUUGCGGGGCCUGACUAUUGCGACGGAGCUUUGGUAUCUCAUAGGGAUCCAGGCUGACAUCACUGGACUGGGAGAUCGCAAUGUCCCAGAGGACCACAUGGCCGAGCUCCAAGAGAUUUCUUCGAUGAUCCGGAAGAAGCUGAUCAAGGAGAUCUCCUUUCUGGCCGCCGAGGCGACGGUCGGCCCAGACCAGCCAGACCGCCAGACGACGCUGUGCAGCACCGUCUCGGACCCGCAGAAGCUCACCAGAUCCUUCAAGCUCUUGCAGGAGCCCAUCUGGCGAAAGGGAUCGCUGAGUAAGCAGGCUGUGCUCGAGAUGGCUUCGAAGCUUGAAAAUCAAGCUCCCCAGGCGCGGCCCUCUGCCCCGAACGCCGCUCUCUCGAAAUGGUCGAUGUUCUCCGGAGGCGGACUUCACGUCUCCGUGUUGCUUCUGAGUGUCGCCUCCUUCCUGGCGGGCCUCCUGCUCGGACGAGGCUCCAGGCGAGGCACCUGA